ACUGACGUGCUGAACACCCGCUUGGACCAUCUUAUCCAAGCUAAUCCUCACCCAGCAACAGUUCCACAGCCAGCGUCUCACUGCUUCUGUCCACGUCUCCAAACAGUUCCAGUGGGCUGCGGCACAAACCACAAAUGACUCAGGUGGCCGACAGGCGCGACCAGGGACGAUAUUGGCCUGACUUCUGUUGACGACUAACGUUCAGAUAACCUUGGCAGGAAGUUUCAGCAAUCCACCACAGCCAUGUCUCAGAGAUCACAAGUAAUACAGCUGUAUAAAAAUCUGCUGUACCUGGGACGUGAGUAUCCCAUGGGGUAUGAGUACUUCAGGGAGAAGCUGAAGAAUGCCUUCCUCAAGAACAGACACGAGACAGACCCCAGGCGGAUUACGGAGAUGAUUGCCCGUGGCGAGUAUGUCAUUAAGGAGAUUGAGGCGCUAUACAUGUUGCGCAAGUACAGGACUCUCAAGCGACGCUACUACGACACGGAGGAUGCCAACAAACAGGCCACCAACUAGGGCAUACUUGGACCAUUGGUUUUGCUGGUGUGGUUCAUUGGUUAAGUUUAAAGUUUCUCCAAACCAGUAAUAAUUUGAAAAUUUAUGAUAUAUUACAAGCUGUGGAGUAUUAGGAGAAUCUAUCACUUGAAAGGCUUAGUAUUGAUAAUGUUGGUCUUUUAUCUUAAAAGAUGAAGAUAUAUUUCUUGAUAAAAUAUUGAUGAUACUGAUAAUAAUAAAAACAAGCACUAAAGAGAAAAUAUCUUUAUAAUUUCUUGAAAACUAAUUCUGUGGUUAAAGACUAAAGAGAUAAAUAAUAUUUAAAGAAUUCCUUGAAAAUGAUUAUUGUACUUAAUUAGUCUUGAAGAUGGUGAAAUAUAUUAGAGAUUUAUAAUCACAUAGCUUCUACAAUCACUAUGAGAACUGGAGAGGCUCACUUUAAUUCACAGGGAACCAGUAUGAACUGUUGUCAGAUUCUCAAUAGCAUUAAUGGACAGUUUCUUCACCAAAGGUUGCAGCUGAAUGAUAAACUGAUUGUAACAGCAGCCCUCAAGUGGACUGCUUUGCUCCCUCACCCCAUCAUACAGUGCAUGGUUCAGUUGCACCCCUAGUCUGGGUUAGCACUAGAAUCUCACCUUCUGUAAGAAAACAAGGCAUGGAAGUAUUUUUCCCAACUAUAAUGAGGUUGCUUCAGGCUCUCUAGCCCUGUCUACCUUAAAAUUCCUUCAGAAUGGAAUAGAGUUUUCACAAGAAGCCAGAACUUAAAAUUUUGCGAGACAAAACUAUGUUAAGUUUAGGUAAUUUUAACAAGCUAAAGAAAAUAUAGCUUAAAGAUGAUUUUAUAUGUUUAUUUAUUUUUUAAUAAGUCUAGUGAGGACCUUUGUGAUUGGAAACAAGUGUAGCUGUCGCUAACUUAGUGUAAUUUAAACUUUGACCCUGUUAAUUUUUUGAAAGUUUGUCUCCUUGUGGAAGCAUUGCUGCUCCAUUCUAAAGAAAAGUGGAUGAAACUUAGAGGGCAAACAACAACCUGGUAAUACAAUUAGGAAUAAUGCACCAGGAACAUAUGCAGACAAGGAAAAUGACAGUGUAUGGGCAUAGAAAUUCAGGAAGAAGAUUAUUCAGUGUAAGAGUACCAAAUUUAACAAAAGUGAAUACCUGGCCUCACACCUUCAUGGAUAACUAAAUAAAAGUAACACCCCUCCAUUCAUUUACCACUUAAAGAAUCACGCUAGUGCAGCACUAAAAUGUCAAUCUAUUCAUCACCAAUUGACAUAUAAUCAUGGAGCAUACUGAAAGAGUUUCAGGAGAGAAACACUUUUAGUUGCCUUUUCUAACAAGUGUCCUUCAUAUAUAUACUACUUUCCUUUACUGAUGUCUACCAUGCUGCUAAAUAAUCUCCAAUUAUAAUUAAUAUAACCGUCAUAUAUUCAUUCAGGCCUAGGCACACCUGCCACAUUAUCUUGCAAAUGAUAGUACAUUCUUGAUUCUUUGAUUGUUAAUGGAAGUAUAACCUUUAUUACCUCAUUUGAGUAACCCCAGAUGAUUUUUACUGAGGAGAGUAUAAUUACAGGCACAUAAAUGUGUUUGAAUUAACUUCUUUGCUGUCAUUGGCAUCGUUCAAAAUUGUAUUCUAAACUUGCACCUGAUAAUUUUACUUAACUUAUGGAGAUGCCACAGCAGUCAGUAUAUCAUAUUUUAUAAAUUUCUUCAGAAAAUGAAUAAAUAAAAACCAAAACUAAGACUCAAAAGUAUAAAAGAUAUAUGGUAUUGUUGUCAAAAUGAAGGUGCAGCUUUACUUCUCUGGAUAAUUGCAUGACCAAGUCUCUGGUUAUUUCCUUAUUUGGCAUAUAUGUUCCCAUGGUGGGCUUUUACAGGAAAUGGGAUUUAGGGAAUGAUGAUGAGGUACCAUUGAGGAUCCACAUGCUGCAGAACUAUUUUCAUCUGUCAUUUGGUCAUUGUCACACCUCAUGGAAGAAAUCAUUUGCACUUUUGUCACUCAUGACUCAUAACUUCAUAUAGAUUUUGCAAUAUUUCAUGCAUUGGAAAAGCACAUGCACCUCACAAACUGGUGUCUAACAAAACAAAGCUCUUGGCUGUGACUUAACAAUAGGUUCUGUUUCUUUGUAGCAUGGUUAGUGCUCUUCAAUACAAGGUUAGUUUUAUGAACACAGCACUGGUCUCAGGAUUUGCGUUUUCUGUAUAUAUUAUAUAUUUUUGGCACAUUAUUAAAUACUGUGCAUUUGUUACCUGUGUAUUAAAGGCGGCUGGUUCA